GUGUGAACUGACAGGAUGCCUGAUCCCACCAAGGCCGCGCCCAAGAAGGGCUCCAAGAAAGCCGUGACUAAAACCGCCGGCAAAGGAGGCAAGAAGAGGAGAAAGAGCAGGAAGGAGAGCUACGCCAUCUACGUGUACAAGGUGCUCAAGCAGGUCCAUCCCGACACCGGCAUCUCGUCCAAGGCCAUGGGCAUCAUGAACUCGUUCGUCAACGACAUCUUUGAGCGCAUCGCCGGGGAGGCGUCUCGUCUGGCUCACUACAACAAGCGCUCCACCAUCACCUCCAGGGAGAUCCAGACCGCCGUACGUCUCCUGCUGCCCGGUGAGCUGGCCAAGCACGCCGUGUCCGAGGGAACCAAGGCCGUCACCAAGUACACCAGCUCCAAGUAAACCAGCGUCCUAAUACAAGCACAUCAACCCCCAACGGCUCUUUUAAGAGCCACACACUUCAUCUGAGAGAGCAACAGCAUCUUUGUACACUACGUAGCGUUACAAGCUCGUGUCUAAAUAAAAUGUAAUUUGAUUAGUUUUCCAAGAUGGAGCCUACCUUUGCGCGCCCCCAAUGGGUAAGUGAUGACAUCUUUAGCUAUAAUAUACAUCUACUUAUUAUUAAAGGCUGGGCUAUGAAUAUUGCGAAGUUGUUUAG